AUGACCUCGCUCGCUCGGUCUGUUAGCCGCGUACACUCUUUUUCUACGAUUCUCGCUAUGAUCACACUCUUCUUUCUUCUAUUGUCUUUUGCUUCGGCUGGCCCGAUUUUUCUAUUCCAUCCGAAUAGAAAUGAUGCACUGGCUCCCUCCUCAACCACUUCGCUCGUCUCUAUCCACCCUCUCGUGGCCAGGAACGACGUCGACGAUGACCCCCUGGAGGUGGUCCCAUUCACUCCAGAUGCUAGCGAUCUUUCUACUAUAGAGUCUUCUACUCCUAUAGAAGCCGAUACUGCAACCUAUACCCCUAGUCCAAUGCCUACAGCCACAGAAGAGACCACCGUUACGACGAGCAUAACAACAGCACCCUCGCCUUCUGAUACAGAUGCUGAGUCCGCGACGAGGACUCCAACUCCCACAACCGAUGAGACCACCGCUGCGACGAGUAUGAUGACCUCCUCACCCUCUGCUACAGAUACUGAGGCCACAACACCCACUCCAAGUCCAGCAUCCACAUCCGAUGAGGCCACAAACACAACGAGUAUGGAAACUUCAACUACUCGGUCAACAUCUCCAUCUGGUUCAUCUACCCACUUAACAGCCGGGAUCAUUGAGGAACUUCCGAGCACCGGUCAGCCUACGUCGGCGCCUCUAAUCACUUCGUCUGCAUCUAUAUCUACAUCCUCAGGUGGCACUGAAUCUGGGAGUGAAAGCUCAUAUGGCUUGCAGACAUCAACGACUAGUACAAUGCCAAUCUCAAGUACGACUGAAAGUACAACUAUCUCUUCACAACAAAUCAUCCCAGUAGAGACAAAUUCAAGCAUGCAUGGGAUUAACUAUACACCGUCAUCAUCAAGUCCGAUUUUACCUGGCGCUACGGGUAUCCAAUCGUCUGUCGGUCAAGAGACAGCCUCAGCUGCAGAAGGUACAACCGGAACACAAUCUUCUAUGGAGUCGCAAACACAAACAAGCUCUACUCCCAUAAUCCCCACCACUACCAGCCCAACUGGUACCAGUAAUGGCAUUACAACUACCCCGGCAACCCCAACUAUAAUCAGAGUUACACCUGGCACAGACUCUCGGUAUCCUACGAGCGAAACGAUAUUCCCUGGGGGUGGCUCUGGGGACGAAUCUAGCCCGACCAUUAUAACUUCCACCUUCCAGUCAUCGCCAGUCCCUUCCGUUACAUCUGCUCCGACACCCACGUCGACGUCUACGAGUUCCCCCAUUUCCGAAGAAACGUCUAGCUCAACAGCUACUGUCACAGCAACCUCGACCAUUGUGCAGACGUCUACCUUAGCAGCAGAUGAACCGGAGCCAACAACAACAGCCACAUAUGCAGCUUCUAGCCCCGUUUCUGAGGAACCCAGUUCUACUACCACUGUUACAGAGGUCUCUACAAUUGUGCAAACGUCCACCUUACCAAGGGAUGCAACUUCCAGCCCCAUCGCAGAGGGCGAAACAACCCCAACAACAACAGUCACAGCGAUAUCUACCGUUGUGCAGACAUCCACUUUAGGAGCAGAAGAACCAGUGCCAACUACAGCUUCCAACGACCCUAUCAUGGAGGUAGAACCCGAGCCCACCUCUACAACCACAGUUACGGUGAUAUCCACCAUCGUCCAAACGUCCACGUUACCAGCCGAGACGGAAGAACCCGAACAAACAACAGCAACAAGUGCAACUACUACCACUCCAGACCCCAGCGCUGAGGAAGAACCAACUUCUACAACGACAGUCACGGUGAUAUCGACCAUUGUCCAAACGUCCACACUUCCCCAAAAAGAAGCUUCAGAAACUGCUCAAUCCCAAGAAACAUUCACAGUCGCUGCUACGAAAACGGAGACUCUGUCAAUGACGGCUACCGCAACGGCAACAGAAACUAUUACGGCUGCUCCCCAGAACAAUCUAAAUAAUAGCGGCAUUGGUGAUAGUGAUGAUGAUGACGAAUUAGCUAUUACGCCCUUCACGCCGUCUGGGUUCGCUACGAUCACAGUUACUGUGACUACGACCGUUACGGAAAAAGAGCCUGCAGAGACUGUGACGGUUACGGCGUAG